AUGGAGGAGUUGCACACCCAAUUGAGAGUGAAACGAUUUGUCGAAGGAGAAGCGACCAAAGGCGAAGCAAGGUAUGAAUUUUUUCAAUUAAGAUAUGAUGCUAGAGGUAGACGAGGGUUUACAACGUUGCAGAAAUGUGUUGUGGCCAUUCAUUUGAUGGCUAUGGGGGAGUCUCCCGACACCAUGGACGAUAGUAUGGGAAUGUCUGAAAGAACCGCAAGGGAGAGUAUGUAUACAUUGUCAAGGGAUGUUGCUGAAACAUUUGGAGACAUGUAUUUGCGGAAAACUUCGUUGCAUGAUUUUCAAGAAUUGUAUGCGGCGCAUAAAGAACGCCAUGAUCGAAUAUAUCCUCAGUAUUCUACAUUCGUGAAGUCAUUUCGCCACCAGGUUGAAGAACGAGACAAAGAUUUUAAGAGAAGACAAGAAGGACGUGCUUUUGUAGUGCUGAAGGCGAAGUGGCAUAUAGUUGAACAUGCAGCACGACCAUUGGAUUUAGAAACUCUACGAUAUAUCAUGUAUGCUUGUAUCAUAAUGCAUAACAUGGUAGUAGAAGAUAAAGGGCGAAAUAUAGCACACUAUAUCCCAACGGAGCUCAGACACGUUCAGUUUCAACCAGGAACAACAGAGUAUUUGCAUCAAGUUGUUGACAUUCAGGACGCAAAUAAACACAGAAAACUUCGAGAGGACUUGGCGGAUUAUAUCUUCUAUGUUUAA